AAAAGCUCUGAUAGAUAUCUGAUUUUAUUCAUAGAAGAAAGAGAGAGAAAGAGAAACGGCGCUUUGUGUUUGGCUGGGCUCUUUUCAGUUUUCUCAUAUGCAGCAGCACACAUCUCAAGCAACCCAGGCUCUUAUGGAAGCUGCUAUCUAGAGCGACCGAGCGUGAUCGAUCUUUCUGUAACGGCUAGUUUCGAGAGUGGCGAGAAGAGAGUGAGAGAGAAGGGACUGUGAUCACUGAGCAGAGUUUUGGUGCUGCUGUUGAUAUGGAUUACGACAAUGACAAGAAACCAUGGGAUUGGCAGAAGGAGGAUCAUUGUCUCCAAAAGGCUUCCAAUAUGAGCAUGUCUCAGGAGCUAUGGAAUGAAGUACCUCAAAAUGAGGAAGAUCUUUCCUACAUGUUUGAUGAUGAAACAACCCCAGUUAAGGCUUGUGGAGAUUUGGCUUACCAUGUCAAUAAUAAUGAUAAUUCACAGAGUGAACUAGAGGAAUGUAGAGUGACUUCUCAAGUGAAGAGGCGUCGGAUGCUACAAUUCAGCAGUGAAGAUGGGGACCUUUCCAUGUCCUGCGAUGACAUGUCCUCAGAAUACCUUAAAUUAAAUGGGAAGGACUCUAUGAAAGAUGUUUUUUUCGAAGUUUCACAAUUGAUAUCAUCAGGAAAUACAUCUGGCUCCAGUUGUGAUGAUCUUGAGCAUUCAGCCGAAGGGUGGCUUGCACAGUGCUUUAAUGAUGCUGAGAUGGAUUUUAGUCCUGAUGAUAUUAUGAAUCUCUCGGAGCAAGACAAGAUUAAUGUUUCAGAUCUCUGUGAUGUCUCACCAGCUUUUGAACAAAAUGUGGUUCAGCAGCGUGUCACUGGAACACCCAAAAAUAUAAUCUUUAAAGGAAGGAAGUCUUUCAUACGAGCACCCACAAAACUGGCUUCUUCAGUGGCCUAUCCAUUUGCCUUCAUCAAACCCAGUGGUGCUCAUGGAGAUGUAACUCUGAAGGAAAUAAACCAGCGGAUUCAGACUCCACCUCCUUCAAAACCUAAGAGAAGCAGUGAAGAAGACCCCUCUGCUUACCCUAAAUCAGCCUUCUCAGGGAAGCCCGUAGUUGGGAAAACCAAAAUUCGCACUGAAGGAGGAAAAGGCAGCAUUACAAUCAUGAGAACUAAAGGCUAAAGUGUAAGUUAUCAAGUACUAACAUUUUGUCUCACCCCUUAAUACAUGGGGUCUAGUUGAUCUUCUGUAAUAUAUAUAUCCGGCAGACUACAGAAGUUAAUGCUGCAACUUUUUCCUCCUUAUAUUGACACUUUAGUGUUGCUUGUCUUAUUCAUAGUUCAUGAUUUGACCUAAAUCUGUAAUGAGAUGAUGUUCCUUAGCUCCAAACAACUCCGUGGCUUUAGAAUGCCAAGCCAUUAUGUUGUUUAAGUAGGUAGUUCGACUUUGGUUGUUGCGCUCCUGCAUUGGAAAGUCUGGCUAAGGCGCUUCCAACCCCUGGUUAAGGACCUUUUUACCAAGCUUGAGCUUGAUUCUUGUAAUUGAAUCACAUAGACAUUUGUUCCAAUCUUAUUUCUUGUCUUUUAUUGCA